AUGCUUACGGAUCUCGUUCAGGUCAUCCCGCCAGAUGGCGACGAGGAUGUGGAAGACAUUUUCGCAUUCGCGGCAGGUCUCAUCUUCACUGACGACUCCCGGGUCAUGCACGGCGAUGAUCGCAGCACCAUCGUCUACAAGUCCGCGAGAUUUGGCGAGAUUGAACUCCGAAAUGCGGAUCCUGAGAAUGAAGACGACCGCAAACUCUUUGCACAUUACCUGUGGAAUGCUGGAAUCAAAAUGGCCGAGCUUGUCAGCUCAGAAGACCCACAAGAUGCGCAGUGGAGUGUGAAGAACCAACGUGUACUUGAGCUGGGAGCAGGCGUUGGCUUGAGCGGCAUAAUCGCAUGUCUUGCAGGAGCACGAGAAGUCGUCAUAUCAGACUACCCGGCCAAAGAGCUUCUCGACAACAUCUCGCGAAAUUUGCAGAAGGCGAUUGCUCCCGAUUCCAAAUCGCGGUGCCAUGUACAGGGCUACACAUGGGGAGACUGCUCAUCGGAAUUUGCCGUGAAGAAUACGCAUGCGUUCGAUAUUGUGCUGGCCGCAGACUGUUUUUGGAUGCCUUGGGAACAUGAGAACCUCGUCCGUUCCAUGCUUCACCUCCUCCACACCUCUCCUGAUGCGAGAGUCUUGGCCAUUGCAGGAUUUCACACGGGGCGUGCAAAACUCGCUGGCUUCUUUGACGAGGCUGAAUCACAGGGACUGGAGGUGGAGCACAUUYAUGAAGAGGACGUUGCUGGAAACAGGAGAGAAUGGGCCAAAGAGCGGGACGGCGGACUCGAGAAUCAUACCGAGAGGAAGAGGUGGUUAGUCCUUGCUAUCCUGAAGCGAAGGACGGCGUGA